AUGGCUGAUGUACCACCGGCCAACACGGCCCAAAACAAGAGGAAAUUUUCCACCUUUGAAUCCUCUCAGACUGAACAAGGGAAUGGCCGUCUCCCCCCAGGGAUCCAGGAUCCCGCUGACACUCGGCCUCACAUCACGCGUCUAGCUACCGAGCUUCUCAGAGAGAUUUUCAGUUAUUUUCAGCAUCCCGAGCUAUACGAAAACAAAAUCAUUGUAGAUGAUAUCGAUCAUCGGCUCCCACCAAUUUAUUUUAAUGCCCUCAAGAAUUCGCGGCUUACCUGUCACCUGUUUAAUCGUCAUGCAACUCCUCUCUUGCUACCUAUCCUCCGUAUAGGGACCGACAUGAGAUCUCUGAGCCGGGUGGAGGCUAUUGCAAGUAACCCUCUUAUGAGCUCUGGCGUGCGCGCUAUCCAGAUCCGCAUGAGCUGCCGCCUCAGGUCUUUUGCCUAUGACAACACAGAAUACCUCAGCUUCAUCCAAAGUCGCGUCAAUAGAAUGCUUGACGCACAGUCCGCGAGGUUGGAACAAACGGUUGAUCGCGUCGAGAACGAGUGUCAUCAAUUAGCUCUUGAUCAUCAAGCUGCCCAUCAAACCCCAAUUUACGACAAUACCCGUGCUUGCCAUAUGGCCUGCGGCAUCAUUCUGGGCAGUGCUCCGUUGCCGCCCCUCAUCAGCAUGCCCAGCCUGAGAGGUGUCGGCUUCCGCGAGGCGAUUGUCGGUCUGGUGCCUCCCGCACUGAUUCGUGAAUAUCGAGACAUGCUCAAUUUUGGCCAUCUCACGUAUCAGAUAGAUUAUAAGCGAGACUUUCCAGUAGUAUCAGAGGGCUUGCUAGUCAAAGCUCUGGCUGAGUUGGUCUCUGAUCCAACUCGCUCAGUCUCUUUGAGUUUUACUGAAACACGUCCGAAUAUAGGUGAUGAGGCGGAAAUCAUAUUUUCGGACCCGCGCAACACUGCGCGAUGGCUCAACCGCCCAGCAAAACCGUCAGAAUGUCGGGACUACCAAGAAUAUCUUGAGCGUGAAGACAUGGCACCAUACACUGCAAUGUUUUCGGAUCUUCCCAUCGCCAUCAAAGAGAAAGGCAGCUCCGUGAACAGUAUUGAACUUCAUGGGCCGGUGAUAGACUACCAAUCCUCCAUUCUCUGUCCUGGGGGCGGAUCUAGUAUAUCGCAUCGCCUCGUGCUGAGACAGUUGCACAUGGCAUUACAAAACCUGGAAACGUUCAUUAUUCCAGACCUGGAUACCAUUUUCCGGCCAUCACAGCAAACACCAUCUAGGAGGGGACAAAUGGAUGGGAGAGACCCUGGUGGGAUUUCUAUCGCGCAGUAUCUCAACGCCGUGCUCUCUAGUAGAAGGCUUGUGAAGCUCGAACUAGACAUAUCUGUCUCCGACGUAGAGGCCAUCUUCCCUCAAUCGCGUUUGUCUGAGAUUGGCCAGAGUCUUAGCCAAAUAAGCUCCAGGAACCUCAUCAUAGUCAACCUUCACAGGAUCAGGCUCACUCAACAGGAACUCGGAGCCUUUUGCGCUUCAUUGAGCCCAGAAAUUCAAUAUCUCGGGCUUGCGAUGAUCACCCUCACCCAAGGCAGCUGGAUAUACAUAUUCGAUCUACUAAGGGAUGUGCUUAGGGAGAGAUGUGCACAGGACGCUUGUCAAGUGGAAUUAGAACGCCUGCAGGGUGAAGAGAUGUAUCACGCGGUGGAAACCCUCCGGAGGAACCCGAGGGCCGAACCCUCGGCCAUAGAUGACCUCUACGACCAGAUCUAUUGUUAUAUUACGGGUGAAGGUGUUCAUACAAACCCACUACAUGCCUUUGAGACUUAUUAG